AUAGUCAGUGAAUGAAACAGAUUGCAGUUUAAACACUGCAAUUUUAUUAUUAUACUUGAAAAUAAACAUUCUUCUGUCAAAUGUUAUACGGAUGAUUUGCUCCUCUAGCGGCGAAAUUGAAAGACCACAAAAAGAAACUCCAAAAUUCCGCCCAGGGCGCUUUCACAGCCGUAAAACAAGGGUCAAUGGAAUGGAUAACAACAGGAACUGGUUGCGUCAUAAUGCCUAAACUUGGAGUUGUAAAUGUGUUAUUGAUGUGUGGCGAAGGCUAGGAAUGGUGAUCUGUGGCUAGGAAGGUAUAUGUACGCAGUUGUACUCGAAUUCUAAUAUUUACAGUUGUUUGAAGAAUGGAUGUAGUUGUGUACUGCAAGAAGCAGUUGAGCUGUAUCUAUUUAGAAACUACUUGUGUCCUGCACCCAAGAAAACACUCUAUUGUAAGUUUGAAGAGCCUGCCAUGUGAACUAAACGUUACUGGGUUGUGAGAUGUGUGGAGGAUUGCUAAUCCCUGCAGCUAUGCAACCUACAAUACUUUCUUCUUGUCUUUUCUUUAUGUUGACCAUUUUACUGGGUUGCAAGUCAAGCACAGCAGAGAGUUCAGGUAAUCCUGAGCUGUGUAUUGUAAGUUCUUUAGUCACACCUUAUUUUGUUCCUCUGUUGGAUACCCCUCGCAAAACACGAGGUUGUUCCACUUCUUACAAAUCUGCAGCUGCUCAAACUCACUCAAAGUCACAUAGUCACCAUGUGGAAAACAAAGAGAUUCAUGUCAUGGCCCAGAAUGUUCAUCACAUGCAGGAAGUACAUGUUAUUAUGCUGCACAGUGUAACUAGCAGUUUCCUUAUUAGCCACCGUUUGAAGUCUCAGACACCAUCGCCAGUCAAACUCAGUGUGAACUUCAGUCAGGAUGGAGAAGUCAAUGAAUCAAAUGCUGAUGUACUUGGGCGUUUGAUUCUGGUAUUGAAUUCAGAUCAUCCUGUGGCUUGGGAACUGGUAGCAAACUAUAACAACAAAGAAGAUACCAGUGACGAUUCCUAUUCUUCACCUCAGCCUCUGAUUUUAGUAUCUGAGGGUUCUACUGUUGAAGGCAAUUUCAAAUUCAACUUUUCGCACAAAAGAUGGCCUAACAAGAAGGCUCUGCAGCGAUAUGUGAGGAGGGAGUACCCAUUAUUAGCAUCAUACACUGAGGUGAAGGGUGCAAAUCAUUUGGAAUUGAAGGUUGGCUCCAUCUUGAGCUUGAGUCAAAACCCAAGUCUUGGAACUGAAUGUAAUAUAGACUCUUUGACAGAGAGUAGAGUUUUGACUGCCUAUUCAACUGUACAACUUAAAACUGAAGGUUGUUUCCAUGAAGAUUAUAUUGGAGAUAACCAAGUUGAUGUGUAUGUGGUGGAAUUAGAUGCGGGUGCCAAAGGAAAUAGACCAAAUCGAGGUCCACUUCCUGUACUGAUUCAGUUACAAGGAGAAGGCAUGCGUCCUGUACCGCGUAAUGUUACACUUAUCCUUAAAUCUCACCAACCAAUCAGAUGGCAGUUUGGAGCAAAUGGUAUAAAUGGAAACAUUAUAGUAGUUAGUGAUCAUGAAGACCUAGUUGAGAAUUCUGCUGUUGGAGGACACCAGAACUUGGAAGUGCGUUCAAAACCUUUACCAGAUAAUCUUCCAGAACUUCUUCUGUCUGUAACAACAGAAUUUGCUCCACCUAUACUGUAUGCUAAAACAGGCAGAGCAUCCACACUUAGAUUGCUGGUGGGAUCAACACGAAAUAAGGCUGGGUUAAGAAGUGGACCAGAGAUGCAUAACAUUACCAAAAUGAAAGCAAGCGAAGGAACUAUAGCCAAGCAAGGGACAUGGAAUGAGUAUGAGAAAGAGGAAGAACUGAAGGCAAAUACUGGUAAUCAUGAACUGAUGCAACAGCAGCCCAAUUAUCCAGGAGCAACACUUGUCAGUGGCUUCACAGCACAGGAGCCACAACCAAGUGCCCUGGUUCGCCUGGCAGCAGCUAUGACAGUAGAAUGUGGAAAGAGUCGCAUCGUUGCUAGCUUUCCUGCCAGUCUCAUUCAUGAGCUCGGUGUGACACAUCUGACUCUGAAUGAUGCAAGCUGUGUAUCACAGUCAAAUGGAACUCACAUUCUUCUGUCUAGUCUGAUAACAUCUUGUGGCAGCACUGGUGAUAGUGAUGGCAGGGUUGUCUCCACUACAAAUUUUAUUCAUGUGACAUUUGGUCCAGAGGAUGAGAGUGAUGAUGAAGACUUUGAAGAAUCAUCUGGCUGGUAUGGAGAGGGUUCAUUGGCAUUGGGAAAAAUUCCCAUCAUAUGCAAGGACCGUCCACACUUUCCUGUAUCCAAAUCAGGACUGGGGAAUGCUGAAGAUCCAUUGAUAGGCUCAGAGGAUAUUUUGAAUACUGGAUCCAGCAGUAAGAUGACCUUGUACCAUAUGGAACUGUACAGGGAUAAGGAACACACCGAGGCUCUUGACUUCUCUUCACCAGACCCAAGUGUCAGGGAGGCAGAAUUUGACGAGACCCUUUAUGUGAGGGCUUGGAUUGAUGGGGUGGUUCCAGUACAAGUUGUGACAGAAAAUUGCUGGAUCUCCAACUCAUCUAAUCCAAGGGAAAGUUCUCGUGUGAUCCUGUUGCGGAACACUUGCCCAGUUGAUUUGUCUGUGGAGAUUCAGGCGCAGAUUGAUGCUGCAAAUAAUUCUCAAAAUCACUACGCUUCUCAUGGCAGCUUCAGUUUUCAAGUGAACAAGGAGUAUGGAAAUCUGGGUCAGUUUUUUGUUCAUUGCCGCCUUGGUUUGUGUACAUCUGAUCCGGCUCAUAUCAGAGGGAAUCUUAUAAGGUGUGUGGAUCCCAAAAAGUACUGUUCACGUCAGAGUUUGCGUCCAUAUCUAGACAAGACUGUUUCCACAGCCCAGCAGUUGGCAAGUAAGGGUCCACUUCGACCAGUGCCUAGGAGGAGGAGAGUUCCUAGCUUGCAGGUUGCAUUAAAUACUGAGUCACCAGCAGAAGGUCAACCAAAAGUUGCUUAUGUUGGAGUGUCAACAGAGGUAACAGUUGGAAUUGCUUUAGCUUCAUUUGCCAUUGGUGUUGGACUCACAGGAGCUUUGUGGUAUAUCCACAUGAAAACAGAUCCAUUUCGGAGACAAACGGAUAAGCAGUUGCCAGAAGCAAGGACUGGAGUUGGUACAAGUGUUGUGACUGGAUGCAAUCUGUCGCCACAUAGUGGCUGCUCUUCCACCAACUCAGAAGCAGCCAUGACAGCAACCUGACCCCAAGACAAAGUCUGCUAGCAAACAUCUGCAGUCUGCUAGUACAUGAUGAAAGGACACCUCUAGUUUUAGUACAAUCAUUUUUGAAACAGUGUAGGUGUGAGAAGGGUAUAAAAUUAAUUCAAAAUUGUAGGGUAUGACUAAGUGAAAGUUGCUGAGUGAUCAAAAUAAGGAUAGUAUUCUAUGAUUUAGGAAUGAUCAGCAGUCUUGCUAAUUCUUUACUUGAGGCCCAUAUUACUACAAGCAUUGUGGCACCUGUUCUUUUUUGUAAGCCAUCACCUGAGUGCAGCAGUCUCAUAGUUCGCUAUUGUGACAUGAACAGACAUGUACAUAAAGGUGUCUCAUUUCAUUGCCAACAUGCUUUUUACCCAUGUUCUGUCAUGUUCUAUAACAUCAAUUUGAAAUAAUGAUUUAUAGUCAAAAAUGAAAUUAACUACAGCUGUACAAUGUUUGGAACUUUGAAUCAGGAAGUUGAAUUACCUCAGUUGCCCCCUCAUGUUUGCUCAAUCCAGCCAUUUUUCUACUACCAUGACGAAGUUGUGAAAACUGAAGUUGUAGUUUUUCACGGUUUGGUGGCAUGGUGGAGCUGUUAUGUUGCAGUUGGUCAUCCAUGAAUGGGAACUACAAACCUGUUUUGGGGGAGAGUAAUAGUGAACAUGAUUUUGCUAAUGCAUCUCAGCUAGAAGUCAGGAAUAAUUGAUUAGCAUAGUGAAGAUUCAGUUUUAUGACAUAUGAGAGAGAUCACUUUGUAUAGAAGUCUGUGUGUUUGAUACUGAUCAGUAAUGUAAUGUUAAAAUGACUUAUUACUUUUUAUUCCCAUGCUUGGUGCUAAGAAUAGACUAUUCACAAACAGGAAAAAACUUUAAAAUGGUAAAAAUUUUCAUAAUUAAACUUUCUAAAAUAAAAGUACAUAACAUUGUCAUGUUGUGGAAUGAUUAGAUACAUACAGGAAUUUGUUUAUUUAGUGUGAAGUAACAGGAAUGUUUGGAAAUUGCCGUUGUCAGUUGGGGUUCAAAGAUAUAUCACGUGUUCUUAAUGCAGUCACUGUGAGUUCGCUAGGUGGUACAGUGAGUGUGGGCUGGAAGCAGUCUUGUAGAUGAACAGUUGUUCACUGGACUACAAGAUACUUAUAAUUAGUGAAUGCUACCAAGACUGUAUAGUCAGCCAUCUGUUAAUUUUUUAGCCAUUACCUACAUUAGAAAUCCAAGUGGAAGAUGGGUGAGUGGCAGUGAGUAGCUGACAUACUCAUUGGCAGCGUAUGGGGGGAGGUCAUGGAGAAGCUGACAAGUGACUUCAGGUGAACAAAGCAAGGGUGAAAACUAACUUGUUCCAGCCAGUAUUGUUACUCUUGUCAGUGAUUAAAUCUGCUGUGGUAUUUGUCUGCAUGUGGCAGUGGACAUUUGUUCUGAUAACUGCUGGGGGUUUCUUAUUUGAAUUUACUGAAAUUACUCCACAAGGUUGUCUUAUUAUUCAUUUGCUAUACAGUUGUUAGUGCGGGAUAAAAGUAGUUGUGUGAAGUUUAUUGUGUUAAGACAAGUGCAGGAUCAGCAUGAAUUUCUAUACCAGGUGAUCUCUCUGACAUCUGUUCCAAACAUGACAUGCCAAGUUAAUUUAUAUGCACCAUAUUUAUUUAGUUACUGAGUAGGAGGCUCUUGAUUGUGCAGAGGAAUCCCCUUAAUGUUUGAGGACCACAUUAUGUAUAUUGUUAGUCUUUAAUGACUAGAAUCUGAGCUUGGAUUGAUAAUUUGAUUUAUUGAACUCUUAUAACUCACAGCUACAAGCAAUUGUAUGGCUAUCAAUAGUUCACGCUCUCCACUUCUCACUUCAGCACACACUGCAUCUUCUAUGUCUUAUCUAUCUGUUGCUAUGUAAUGGAUCCCAACGAUGUCCUCACAUUCUCAACUGAAUGAGUUUAAUUCAUUCUUGGGGCAGACCCAAUAGAAAACAACUUUUCCAAGAAUUCUCUAGUGUGGCGCCACAUGCUUGUUGCCACGGAAACAUGUUUAUUGACCUUUCCUUAGCAAGGGCCUUCUCUUCUGGCUCCACUUUUCUGGUCUUUCUGCUGCCAUUUCAAAGUAUUUCUCCAGCAUUUUUGAAGUGGAAUAUUUGCAAUUAUACUUGUACCAAAUCAGUUUCAAAAAUGCAUGUUCGAGUCUUUCUGUGUGUCUUGUAAUAUGGCUUUAAUUUUACUCCAUUAGAUGACUACUUUCCAUAGCUCAUAAGCAUAUUAUUUGAAACUGGACACUUCAUUUUCCUUUCUUUUUCUCAUGCUUCCUUCCUUCCCUCCCUCCCUCCACAAAAGCCAUUAUGUUGAUUAGAUAGGUGUAUUGGAACUUCCAUAUGAAUGACAUGAAAUGCAGUUGGAAUUUGCUGAUGGAUUAUAUGAAUUUCAAAUUUAAUUUAUAGAAAUGUUCACAGUGGUCACGUGUCUUCAAAUAUUUUCCAUUGUCAGCUCUGUCUCUGUGAGAAAUGCUGAAUGCAGAUCUGUAUUUCUAGGCUUUAGUGCAGACAGAUCUGCUGUAUAGGGCAUAGAGAAACUAGAGAGGUAGGAGAGAAGAGAAUGAGCAAAAAAUGAAAAAGCAUUAAGAAAAAUGGUCAGGUGAGAUAAGAUGUGGAUACAGAAAAAAUGCAAACUAAUUUAGAUGAAAGUACUAAAUCAGGCAAAAAAUUAAACUAUAGAAUAUUAUAGAGGAGGAGAAAUAGGAUGGAAGAAUUGUAUAAAGUUGUUGAUAAAGAAGAAUGAUUAAGAUGGAAAAAGAAAGAGGUAUUAAAUCAAUGAAAGAGUUGUUUUUUUAACAUUUCCUGACUGGAAAGAAACAGGAUUAAAGAGAAAAGCAACGGUAAGAUGAUGGCAGACCUGUAGGAUAUUAAUGACUUUAGACUACUAAGAAGUAUGUAGAAGAAAAGAAUGCCUGAGCACUGGAAAAGGGAUCCAGUCUUACCAAUUUAUAAAGAAGUUAUAAAGCACUGUAGAAACGGUAAAGGGCUUAUAUUACUUAGGCACCAUUUGAAACUGCAUGAAAUAAUUCAUAGAGGUGGAUGGCAGUUUCUCUGCAUUCCAAAAAUAUUAUCAAAUUACUUUCUGAAAUAAUGGACCUGCUUGAAAUUGAGAUUCUCUGUUUGACCAAGAGCCUACUUACUCUAAUGCAGAUUCAACAUUAUAGAAUACAAUUAUUUAAAGUAGUGUUAGAGAAAAAUAGCUGCAAGAGAAGGAAGCAAUGAUACAAACAGAUGUAACUAAGUACCUGGUUUUUAUUGUAUAUUAUAAUUAUUAUAAACAAGUAAAUGUAUAAAAAUUUAAGCUGAAUUUUGAUUUACAAAAGGAAGACGUUCUUAUGUUUUCAUUUCAGCUUAAGAAAGUAAGAAAACUUUACAUACAGUAUUUUAAAACCUGAAUUUUACAUUGAUUCAGGACUCGAUUUUUUAAAGAUAUUUUUCACAUUUAAAUACUGCCCAUAAACUGUUUUACAAUAGAAAUACACUGGUGGCAGAUGUUUCUCAGGGUCCCUUUUAUAAAGCAAAAUAAUAGCAUUAAGUUAUAUUAUAACAAAUAUGUUGUGUAUAGAUUUAUUACAACUAGAUAUUUUAUAUUGGUUUUUGUGUAAGUAGUAUUAAUUCUUGAGGGACGCAGUCACAGUUUUCUCUCAUACAUAUUGAGAUUGCUAUGAUCUACAGUAAUACAGAGGAUACAUCUUUUUGUUACAAUUUCUAUUAUGAUAGCACAUUUUAUAUUUUUCAUAUUCUCAGACUGCAUUACUCUGUAUACAAGUCAGUUCAUAAUGAAAUCUGUGAUUGUAUCCCUCAAGUUUCAGAAAGUUGACUUGGUAACUUGCAGAAUUAAUUAGUAAAAACCAUUACUUCUCUUUGUUAUUCAUAAUAUGAGUACUUAGAUUCUGGAAGUAAUGACAAGGCUUCAAUGUUCAUUUUCAUGUCAGUGUAUAUAAAGCAGGAAUUGUGAAUUUAUCAUUUAAAUUUCCAAUAUUGCUUCUUUCUUAUAUUAUUAUUGUGCAUCAUUGGAUAUUUGAUGUGUAAUGAUGUGAAUUGCUUGGUCAGUUGGAUGAAGCUCUAAGACAUGAAUAAGCUGAAUAGUUCGAGUACACUAUCCAUUGCCAUCCUUCCAGUUUAUUUCUUCCAUUAUCAUAGCCAUAGUGCCUGUGUGCAGUGUAUGGAGUACUGAUACUAUGUACCAUAGUUCCUCUUCAUUAAAGAUGUAAGUAUGUUUUAAUUUUCUUGCUCUAUAGAGAUAUGGAGAAAUAUAUUGAAAAGUGAACUUUUAAUAUACAAAGUAAUAAUGUUAUAUAUAUUAGUUGGAACCUAAACUAAUUUUGCUACACAGUGAAAUUAUUUCUCUGACUUUAGGAGAUCAUAUCAGGAAAAAGAUAAUGAUGUUAUUUCUCAUAACAUAUAACCUGCUUUAAAUGUUUAUAUUAUAUUAAGGAACUUAAAUUUUGCCUCCUGUAUGUACAGGCCUACAAUAAAUUUGAACUGAAACAUUCAUUAUCAUGAUGUAUUUCCAGAACAGAUUUAUGUAGGAAGUCAAAUAAUGAUAAUAUUUUUUAUAAGGGUGUACUGUAAAUAACAUUUGGAGUCCAAACAUUCUUUACAGUUUGUCACAAUUUUCUAUGACAAAGAUACAUGGUUGCAGAGUUUGUCUUGUUCAACAUACUUGAGAUGCAAAACAAACAGAACUAUUUUGUAUUAUUUUAGUAUCUGCUGGAAUAAAAUAAAAGUGUUCAGCGUGAUCUCCAUCAGCCAUGAUGCAGUUCUCUGCAUGUGGCCUCAUGCCCAUACUGUUGCAAUAUCCCUGGUAUCCUGUGUACAAUUUGUGUUGCAUCUUGCACUUCUUGCCAUAGGGCAUCCUGGGACUCCAGCUCCUGUGGCUGAGGUAAGGUGAGCGUGUAAGCCAUGUCAUUGGUCCUUCACAUUCACUUCACUUCUGUAAGAACUGAUAUUUUAUCCUUCCACAUACCUGGCAUGCACAAAGGUUCCAUCAUGUGUAGAGCACAUACUGACAUGCAUGGCUAAUGAAUUGUCAUCUCUCUGUUAUGGCAGUAAAAAAUUAUCCACACUCUUGUUUUUCCAAUUUAUAUACACAAAAGUAGGGGUUGAACAAGUAUGUCGUUUUUCUACAUGGUCUCCUUCCU